CUUCUUCUCUUCCCUUUGGACUAUAGGCUGGAUGGGCCCAAACUAUUCAAUUUCAACUGCUUCUGCUACAAGCAACUUCUGUAUCCUGAAUGUAGCUAACCAUAUCAUAAGAGGUGAAACUGUAAGUUAUCAUGUUCUCCCUCUUAUCUGUAGUUAGAAGAAAAUAUACUGUCAUUUUUUCUAUGUACAUAAGUGUGCUAAUCUUGCAAGAUAUCAUGCUUUGUGGUGGCUCUGAUGCAGCAAUAAUACCUAUUGGGUUGGGAGGUUUUGUGGCAUGUCGGGCACUUUCACAAAGAAACAAUGAUCCAACCAAAGAUUCACGACCAUGGGAUAGUGAACGUGAUGGAUUUGUUAUGGGAGAAGGUUCAGGUGUAUUAUUAUUGGAAGAACUCGAGCAUGCUAAGCAAAGAGGAGCAAACAUAUAUGCUGAAUUUUUGGGAGGAAGUUUCACCUGCGAUGCUUACCAUAUGACAGAGCCACACCCUGAGGGUAUCAUAAAUAAACUCUUAUCCUCAUCGAGCCAUUAUUAUUUUUAUUGAUUUCUUCAAUUAUUGAGGGUUUUGAUCUCUGAGUUUUGUCCAAAUUGUGCUUAAAGGGGGGCAUUUGCAAGUAAUUGGAUCCCAAAACAUGAAAUGAAAAGUUAUCGUGAGGAACAUAAUAGGUAGCUAUGUUAUUUUUAUCUAGCUCAAUUCAAUUAUUGAUUUUUUGGGUGUAUAUACUCCUGUUCCUUUGACCAAUUAUUGUUUUUUGAUCAAUUUAUGCAAUUAUUGUGGGUUCUGAUAAUUGUUUGAGGAAUAAAAUGGGCAAUUAUGUUCAAUUUCUCUAGCUCAAAGUGAAUCUCAUGUGCUUUUGAGUCAGAUAACUGUUUAGAAUGCAUUAUUUUUCAGUGAGAUUUUGCGGAAGCAAUAAGGGAACUACAUAAUGUAGCUUCCAGGACAUAUCCUCAUGCAUAUUUCGAUUCAAGCAAUGCAAUUUACCAUUAAAGCUAUUCUAUGUUUUAGUAGAAUUUCAGCCAAUAUUCCCGUAAUGCUAAAUUAGAAGGCUCUGAAUGUUAAAUAGGUGAGAAUGAGAAUAAAGUUGUCUUGGAUGCAUUUUUCUUGGGCAAGGCUUUUGCAACUGCUUCAUUUAUGAUAUAUAAUCGACUUUACAUCUUUCAACACUGCCCAACCACCGCUCAAGGGUACCUCCGCUCCCUAACUUCCUCCGCUCCCCAACUGAACAAAAUGGAGCGGUAAUAUUUGGCAAUGAUUUAUAGAAUUGCUUGAAAAGUGAAAGGAGAAUGAAGAGCAAGAGCACUAGGAAUAGCAAGUAAGGAGGUCAGUUUUACUUCUAGAAUUCCAUUUUGUAAAGUAACCUGCUAUUUAUCGACACAGCAAACUAUGUUGUAACAAUGGGAAGAUUUUUAGUUAAGAUAUUCUAUCGGUCCCUGGUUGCUGACAAAAUAUCUAGAGACUCAAGAGAAAAAUACGCUGUCGGGGAAAUCUUAAGUGUGGUUGGUCAAUAUCAAGUUGAGCAGCAGAAGCAAGUACGAGAUUUUCAGGUAAAAACAAGCACAAAGGUUUCACAUACAUAACCUAUAUAGUUGUAUACUUGCUGUUCAUUUUGAUAAUCAUAUGGUCUUUCUUCAAUCCAUCUAUGGCUAAUAUGUAUGAUAAUAUUUUUUUAUUCUUGAAACCUUCAAGACUAAUAUGAAGUAAUAAAUGAAGAAGUAUGAACAAAGUAAAAUAUUUUUUCCUGUUGAAAUAGUUUCCUACAUGCUGAUUCUCUCCCUUAACAUAAUUGUAACUCAAACUACUAUUCUUUUGCGGUUUACAUUAGCAUAUACUACAGUUGAAGAUGAAGUUUUAGGAGGCCAAGAGAA